AUAAUGGCAGCCACUCGAGGUGACUUGUUGGAUAGGGGAGGCACUCGUUAUGGGGGAUCAAGGGGAUCAUACCGCUCGAGAGGCCACUCAAGUGGUGGUAGAGGAGGAUACUCAAGUGGCGGAGGAGGCUUCUCAAGUGGCGGAGGAGGCUACUCAAGUGGUGGAGGAAGCUUCUCAUAUGGUGGUGGAGGCUUCUCAAGUGGCGGAGGAGGGUUUGGAAGUGGCGGAGGAGGCUUCUCAAGUGGCAGCAGAGGAAGCUACUCAAGUGGCGGCAAAGGAAGCUACUCAAGUGGCGGCAAAGGAAGCUACUCAAGUGGAGGCAAAGGAAGCUACUCAAGUGGAGGCAAAGGAAGCUACUCAAGUGGAGGCAGAGGAAGCCUCUCAAGUGGUGGAGGUGGCUACUCAAGUGGCGGAGGAGGCUACUCUAAAGGAGGAAGAAUUUCUCCCUCUGGAGGUUCCAGGUACUCCAGUGGCGGAUCAUCUUAUUACCAGCCAACUUCAUAUGGAGGCAGUCAACGAUAUGGGAGACAUUACAACACCAAUAAUUACAGGAAUGGGCGAGGCUAUUAAAAUUGGCUAUUAGAACAUUUGCAAAAAUUGGGAGAAC